GGCCUGAGGGAGGGCUUGAUGGUCCGGGGGGAGGGAUUGGCGGUUCAUGACGAGACUCAAGCUCGGCCCAAAGGCGACCGUCUGAACUCCUCACUCGGCUACUUCACCAAGAACUCCCCGACCAUGUUUUACAUCAACGACGAUGGGCUGGACACCGGGAAGCGGCUGCCGGAGUCCGUGACCGCCCAGGAGACGUCGCCCCCGCUGUUUGCCGGCCGCGGCGACUUUGUCGGGGCCGAGCACCGCAAGGAGCCUCUGAGCGAGCCCGGCCUGGUGGCCAGCGCCCUGAGGGGCAUCGUCAUCCACGAGGAUCCCAAGUACUUUGUGCACCAUUGCCGGAAGUGGGAGGAGUACGGGGAGCGCUGGAGACAGGGCCAGAAGGUUCCGAACACCAACGAGGGUCUCCUUCAACACCAGGACCUGAGGCCCGUGGAGCACGAGUACGGGGAGGAUUCCCACUGGUCCCUGAUCCCGGGCCGGCUGGGCACUGGCAGCUUUGGGGACGUGUACAUGGCUCGAGACCACAGCUCAAACUUCACCUGUGCUGCCAAACAGAUCCAUGUCAGUAAUUUCCAGGCAGGGGAGGUGUUGACGUGGAGCAGAUUGACGUCGCCGUGGAUUGUUCCGCUGUACGGGGGGGUGCGACACGGAGAGACCAUCACCCUCUUCAUGAAACUAUUGCCAGGAGGCUCGGUGGCACAGCUGAUCAGGAAGCAGGGCUCACUCCCUGAGGCCCUGAGCCUGCACUACACCGGGCAGGUCCUCCAGGCCCUACAGCACCUCCACUCCCUUGGCAUCGUACAUGGUGACGUCAAAGCGGAUAACAUGCUCCUGUCCCGCUGCGGGUACCAGGUUUCCCUCUGUGACUUUGGCCAUUCCACACAGCUGUCACCAUCAGGCAUUACCAGCUCCCAUGGUGGGCAGUGCCUGGGGACGGUGACCCACAUGGCCCCCGAGGUGUUGAAGGGGGUGUACGGGCUGGGGGCUGACAGCUGGAGUACGGCGUGUACCCUGCUGCACAUGCUGUCAGGCCAUCACCCCUGGCAGAACAUCAACACUAACCAGCUUAUGUUGAAGAUUGUAAGAGACAAGCCCCCACUGGAUGAAAUCCCUGCCUCGUGCAGCGCCCUCACAGCCAGUGUGAUCAGAGCGGGUUUAGUGAAGGACCCGGCACACAGGGACACUGUGGGGGGGCUGCGGGGACGCACUGACCAAGCUCUUCGGGCUCUACAACAGAAGAGUGGGAGCUGCUGUGCCGGGGAGAAGCCUUUGACGAGCAGCGAGGGGAACGGGGGCAACUCUCCCCUCUCCGCACGGCCGGCCCCCGGACACCCGCUCGCCCCGGACCCCCCGGACGCAGGCCCGGGACGGGGAGCAGAGGUUGCGGCCCCCCCGGCAGCCCAGUGCCGGGGGGAAGAAGGGGGGCUUUGCAGUGACGUGGUCAACCCAGAGGAGACCCCAGUCGGGGGCAGUGAAGCCGGAGCCCAGUGGGAGAGGUGCUAUCGUUGGAACGGCGUGAGCCUGCACAGUGGGCUCUGGGGGUGGAGCGAGUGUGAGUGGGGGGCCGGGAGCAACCGGGCGGUGGCCGAUUCCCACUGUGACUCCGACAGCUCUGCUCCCCAACCCCUGCUGUCACUGCCCCCGGCACACAGUCAGGCUGAGCGCGAGAUCCUGCAGGAGGAGGGACGUCUGCAGACAGAAUUCCUGCUGUAUAACCUUUCCCAAGUGUAUCCUGAGGAGCUGGAGUCCCGCAUCCUGGACGCCCUGAGCAGUGGGGCCUAUAGCCUGCCCCAACAUGUGGAGCAGGAGUGUCCCAAGGCCGAUCCCAGUCUGAGUGGGAUGUACAGCUCCGGCAUUCACUCCAUGUCGUGGAACAGCCAGACUGACCCCCAACCCCCCAGCCUCAGCCACAAAGGACAGUCUCACCUCAACACCCCCAGCUUCUUCAAUGGGGUUCAGGUCCGAAUUCAUUCGUUUGAUGGUGAGCGUCUGGUGGUGCACGACGUGCGAGGGGCCACAGUGGGUCGUGUGGCCUCGGGGAUCAGCAACUUGGUCCACGUUUCCAGCUUCUCUCUGGUGAAGCCCAACGGAAAACCCAUUUCUCCUGACUUGGAGAUUCCCGACUCCGGGAUCGACUUGAUGUGCGCGCACGCCUCCAACUACAGCAACAUGUGGAGCUGGAGGAUUCAAGAUGGCAGCCUUCACAUCCGCCCUUAAUCCCCACCCCUCCCUCAAGCUUCCCGGAAACUCCUUCAACCCAGUUAAUCACCCGAGCAUCAAAUAAUUCUUCCUCUCCCCAGACCCUAACCGUUUACUGCUGUGUGUCUGAGUGCCUCACCUACCAGCGAUGGGAGUUCAGAACUCCAGCGGGUGCUGUUUAGUUGGGCUGAAAGUAAGUUUUCGGGAAGUUGGAAGUAAUUUUCUGCUGCGUUUAAUGAUUUCGCCAAAAUAAAAAGUUUCAGAGUUUGUGUGAAGGCUGUGGAUGGAUACAUUUCCACACUGAGGUUGGUCGAGCUCUUUUCUCUCAAACUCUCCCCCCGCCCAACCAAUCCCAGGCCUGUCUGGUCCCCCCCCGUCCUGACCACCCCAACUCUCUCCAUUCUCUCCCCUCCCUGUCUGGGAGAGUGGGAUGCGCAAGUGGAUUGAAAUCCCAUUGUCUAUCAGUGUGGGAAUGCUGAAAUUGUCAGUUGUGUAAACAAGACACCACACACCCAGUGUUAUCAGAGUUUAGUACAUUUACAACCCUCUAACACUGUCAUGGGCCAGAGUUAUUUCAAGGUGUUGCAAAGUGGGCAAUUUCUUCACUGUACUUUAAUCCGGCUCGGAAAUCAAGGUGCUGGGUUGAGGAAGAUUGCUGCGUAGACACAGUGAGUCGUCUUUUUGCGGUGGGAUUAUUGCCCUCGGUGUUGAAGAUUAACCAGCUCAUUUACAGACAACAAAGGGGUGUUUUGUUUGGAGAGAAGCAGGUGUCAGAUUCAACGCUAAUGAUUGAUGUAUAAUCGAUUUAAGAUGGUUCAUAAAGUGACAGCUGACACUGUGUGCACCAGCGUGAGAGUGUCAACUCACAGGGUUCAGGGUUUUGUGAUAUGACUGGUGCCAAGUUAAUGACUCUGUGUGUCCAGACCUGUGAGAUACACGGACACCUUUUAGUUUAGGGCUGGUUUGAGGCGAGAGGCAGAACCCUGGAUUGGAGCUUGGCGUGGGUUUAGGUUG